AUGGGAUUGCCAAAAAAAGCCAUAGUCAAGCGGCAGUACUCACGAGCAGGGUGCAUUGAAUGCAAGAGAAGGAAGAUCAAGUGCAAUGAAGCCCAACCUACCUGCGGAAAUUGUGCUAGAGUAAGAGUUCAAUGUAUCUAUCCAGACCCAAACUAUCGAAACAAACCACGCAAAAGCUAUACGAAGAGCGCUCUGGAAGCGCUCAAUGUUACUCCCCAGAUGUCAAACGUGACUCCUCUGCUUGAAAGUGUCAACGAAAACUAUCUCCGGUCACCGUCGACGGAAGGAAGUCUCCAGAUACCUGAUGGUAGUCACGAUAUGAUGCUCUUUGAUAAUGUUUUUGAUGAUGCCAACAAUUUGGUGUAUGGACUUGCUGAUUUCGACAUCAUGAACAUGAGAAGAUCAUUUUCAAGCCCCCAUGCCUCCACGAAUUCUGACAAUCUCAAGCCUUUCCACUCGAAUAUCAUCCUAAAUGAGCCACAGGAGGAUAAUAUCUUGUUCAACGACGAGGAACUCAAAGACUACCUACUGAACGGAGUAGAGAUUUCGACGAACCAUGAAUUGGAUCACUUUUGGAACCAGUUUAAACUCUUCAUGAACGAUCCGACAGAACAGCACAGCACAAGAAUGUCCAACGCAGUGCUCAUUCUCAAGAUUGUAGAUAAGUACAAGCUCUCUCAGGAAGAACACGCCUACUUCAAAGAGAUCAUGCAACGACAACUUUUUCUCUACAUUUUCCCGUUUGCAUCUUCCGUUGAAGAUAGUGAAUCUGCGCAUGUUCUCUUGGAGUAUUGUUUGGUGUUCAAGUUUCUUGUGUAUGCGAUUUUGUCCUUGAGUGCUUCGUGUCAUUUCACCAUAACAAAAGAAGUCAUUCACGAUCGUUACCAGAAAAAAUUCACCGCUGUUUGCGUGAAGCUCCUUGUCUCUGCAUUUGAGGACUUGAAGAACAAUGAACAUUCUCUAUGGCAUAUUGAGGGUCUAAUUAUAACAGUACUACUAUUGACAAUGCUCUUUUCCGACAUGAGCUUUGUGGACAGCACCAAAGUUCCCAUCUCAUGGGUUUCACACUUGAAAGAAGCUAAGUUAUUGCUCCUCAAGUACAACGCAGUCAAGUCGAAGGUACACCCUUCCAACCCGGAGACUCCCGGCAUUUUGAUGGCGAAACUAAUAUUUUUCUGCUAUGAAUGGAUAUCAAAAUUGAGUAUGCCGGCGAUAGAUCUCCCAGACAACGAAAAUGACGAAUUCUGGUCAGUGACCAGAGAAACCAGCAUCUAUGUGAAGAAUGAGGAUUACUACCGUGCACUUUUCAAGUUAGGAUUAAUGAUUCCCCCCUCCUCCACACAUUCCGGCUUUAACCUUUUCGUGGCCAUGACUAACGAGGCAGAGGAAGGUGCUUACAAACUUCUAUCUGUCAUGUCGACGCUCGCCAAAUCGGGUCCAGAGGGAAGAUUCAGCCAAUUGGAUCCAGAGAGAGUAUGUGACCUUAUGGCAACCAUAAGCAAAACUUUUCAACAAGUGAUAAUUCCAGGUGCGAGUUCCGAAUCCAAUUUCUUGAUUGACAUAUCGAACCCAUCACACCCAUACUACGCGGGACCAGGUGUACCCGUGACUCUUCCUACUGCGGCAUAUGGCAAGGAUAGUGAGGAUCCACUUAAUGUCAAGUUCUAUUCGUACUGCGAUGUUGCUCAGAAACUGCAUGGGUAUUUCCUCUACUUGAAAGUGCUUACCACUAAAGGAUUAAUGUACGUGCCACGCGACCAUCCUUCCAUUCGGAGUACCGUGGAUAAGACCAUGAAGCUAAUGUUCUUUGUCAAAUCGAAACAGGAUCCAUGUUAUUCUCCCCGAGGUGCAGUGGCCGAAACAGAACAUUACUAUUUGCCAAAGUGUCUUUUUGAUCUUCGAACCAUUAUGAUUCAGCUACCUUUUCGCAUGUGUAUAGAUCUCACAGAUAAGGAGGACGACUUUGAAAAGCUCGAAUUGUUUUUCAAAGGUCUAUUAAAGUUGGGCAGUGGUAAUUGUUCUGUCGCAUUGCACAGAAUCAAAAAAAAUAGAGAGGCAAUUCACCGUGGCCUCAACAAUCAGAGAAAUGGCGAGCAAGCUUAUCUGCUUGAGGCAUUUCCAGUCUACUAA